AUGAAGUUGUCGGUCGCUUGGUUGUCGCUUUUCGCGACAACUGCCUUGAGUGUGUCAACCAUAACGAAAAGUAACGAUGUUGCUUCAACCGCCCCCACUUUGGCAGCUAUUACCCAAGUAAUGGGGGCCAGACAGGCAGCAGAGAUUGAUGUUGAUGUGGACAUAACCAUCACAAUUGGAGUUACAAUUUGGGUUGGCGACGGCGAGGUGGCCACGUGCACAGUCACGGAUACAGUUACCGAUAUUAGUACUACAACCUGCACUACAACCGAUAUCAUCACCACAUCGAUUGCGCGAUCCAAUUCACACACCAUCACAGAAACAUCUACUUGCACUGUUACAGAGACCGGCUCAGCUGCAACGGUCACGGUGGUAAAUACUGUCACUCAAACGGCAACUGAAACUAUCACUGUCUCGGGUAGUGGCGCACCUGCUAGCACAGUCACUGUGGUUUCUACGGAUGUCGAAUCAAUCGGAGGAUCAACUGUCACUGUGACGGGCUCAAACCUGCCAGGAACCACCGUAAUUUCCACAGACAUCGAAACUGUCGGAGGAUCUACUGUGACCUUGUCGGGGUCAAAAACAACGGUCACUGUGACAGGCUCAAACCUACCAGGAACUACCGUGGUGGAGACGGAUACGAUUUUUAAGACCGAUACUCUCACUGGGUCUAUUAGAACUAUCCCUGCAUCAACUAUCAGAACUACCACCACUGCGCCUCCUAGGACGAUUACUAUCUCUGGUUCUGUCACUACUUUACCAGCAUCAACUCAUACUGUGGUAACGACACUUCCAGCUAGUACAGUAACUGUUACUACUAGUGACACAAUCACGGCUACAGGCCCAGCAAUUACAGUGGUGGAGACAGAUACUGUGGUCACCACCGAUAUCAUCUCAAACUAUAUCACAACUACUAUUCCAGCGUCGACAAUAGUGACCACCACAACUCAACCUCCUAGCACAAUUACUAUAUCAGGGACUAUCAGCACUCUUCCGGCCUCAACUCUCACUGUCACAACAACCCUUCCAGCCAGUACCUUUACCUUGAUAAGCAGAACUACAGCUCCAGGACAAUUACAACCACAGCCUCGGAUAUGGACAGCUACUAUAAGACGAACUAACGAUUUAUUGGGCUUAGGAACCACUAUUGUGGAAACUGAUACUGUUUCGAGCUAUAUCACAACCACUAUUCCAGCAUCGACAGUCACAACAGUCACUACUGAACCUCCCAGCACGCUCACCAUCUCAGGGACCGUCAGCACUUUACCGGCAUCAACGCGGACUUUGACAACCACAGUCCCAGCAAGUACAUUGACUAUCAUUGACACAAUCACAGCCUCGGGAUCAGAGACCACCGUCUCAGUGGGCAGUACAGUUACAAAUACUGUCACUCAGCCCGGUACCACGCUCACGAAGAGCUACGACAGCACCAGAACGGUGACUUAUAGUGUUACUGGACAAGGCACUACUCAAACGGAGACACAGACACACAUCACUACUGUUUCUGUAUGCUCUAGCCUAGUCACCAACCCAACCUACACACCCACCACCCAGCUACCUGACGAUUAUAUCUGGGGAUGUGCACCCGGAUACCUCUGCAGCCCCCCUCAUACGGGUGAUCGAGCCGAUUGCAAUGUUGAAGCCGGUCUUCCUGCCGAUACUUACAUCUGUUCCCCCGACGAGUGUAUCGUGUCUCCAGUUCCGAAAUGGAAUGACGAAUCCGGCUACAAUGUCUCGCUCAAUUACUACAACCUCAACCCCACAAACUUUGGCUUGAGCUACGAUAUCUUCGACUAUGCCGUGGAUCCCGUACCCACUGGCAAGAGCAGCAUAUUCCCUCCGCCGCCUCCACCACCUCAUGGCAAAUAUGACAAAUUCAUGGGCUACUUCUUCGGUGGAAUGGUCAAGCGUGUGGACGUCGAUGACAUACCCUCUGCCUGCUUUGGAAUAUGCAAUCAAGUUGCCAUUGUUGCCGAAAAAAGUGGGUUAACCGCUUCGUUGUGUGCCUCUGGAUCUGGGUUUGAGAUAGAAUUGGGUUAUUGCGAGAGUUGCAUCAGUGCUGAGGCGGGCAGCUCUGCCUCGUCCAUAUAUACAAACGACCUGCUGCCUACAUUUGCAAGCUAUUUGAACUAUUGUGUUGAUGUGACGACUUCGACGACUUCGGCGACUUCGACAAGUUCGAGCACUUCGAGUACUUCAGUCGUAACUACCACCUCCAGUGCUCAGUCAACUUCUACUACCAGCACACAGUCGACUGCUACCAGCACUGCUGCCCCGACCUCUACAUCCUCGACCAGUAGUAGCCAGCAGUCAACCGCAAGCACAAUAACGAGCAGCAGCUCCCAGACAGAGUCAACAGCUUCAACACAGUCAACACAAACAGCGUCACAAAGCACAACCACCGUGUCCGCCUCCACAGUGGUAGUCGGCAGCUCAACAAGCACCAUCCCCGCAACCACGGAGGUUAUUUCAGGCACAACAGCCACACAAUCCACUAGCCAGGGCACAACCUCCGCGCCGAUCUCAACCGUCACAUUCCCCAGCUCGACCUUGAUCGUCUCCGGCUCAACAGUGAUAGUUUCCGCGUCAACCGUAACGGAGUCAUCCGCUCCCUCCACAGCCUCUUCCGGCUCAAUCGUGACACAGCCCAGUUCCACACAGAUAAUCUCCGGCUCAACAGUGAUCGUCCCCGGAACCACAUACACCGAGUCCGGCUCCACGGGCACAGCAUCUCAGACCGAAUCAACAGUCACGGUGCCCAGCUCCACGCUGAUUGUUUCCGGUUCUACGGUCAUCGUCCCGGGUACUACGUACACCACGGAGCCCGGCUCUACGAACACAGGCUCACUGUCCGGGUCGACGGUCACAUUGCCCAGCUCAACAGCUAUCAUUUCCGGAUCAACUGUCGUUGUCCCCGGUUCGACGGUCGUCGAGUCUGGUACCAAGACGAUCGGCACUGUUAGCAGCACGGGUACGGGUUCUAGCUCAGCUAGUGGGAGCCGGACUAGCUCUGCAGGCUCGGCUGCUUCUGGCGUUGCUCAGAAUGCUGCGACGCGGAGGAAUGUCCCUCAGCUAGGCUUUUUGCAUGUCUUGUUCGUUUUUGCUAUUUCAUUACUUUGCGUGGUUUAA